CUUUUGGUUUGAACGUUUGGUAGGAAAUCAUGUUGACUCAUCUUAUUUCCACUUCAACGUUACAACUAUUCUAAGAUAAACCACUCUCUCUCUCUCUCUCUCUCUCUCUCUCUCUCUUCACUGUUCACUCUUCUGUGUGCCAAAACCACUCACAAGUUGCCACCACAAUUCAUCUCUCAGGUUUCUUCACUAUUUCAAUAUUUCUGUCACUUCAAUUCAAUUUGUAGUAAUGGAAUCUUGGAGUUAUAUCCCUGAAGAGAGAAGCUAUUUGUUUUCUGAUGAAAUGGAUUUUUCACUUGAUGCUUUUAUGAGAAGUAGAAAACCCUUGGUUGAAUGGGAAAACAAAUCUUCAUGUAACUUUGAGAGAGAUGGAUUUAAUUCAGAUAGAGAGGUAGUUAAAAGUAUGGAAUUUGUAGACUUGGGAUUUCCUAUGGAAUCUUCUAGGACUGUUCGUGGUUCGGUUCAGACAUCUAGCUGUGAGCUGGAUAGUAAUAAUUCUAGUAAAAGAGAGAAUUCCUCGGUCCAUGUUAUUGCUUUUGAUUCAUCUUUUGCGGAAGAAGAUUCUGAGGCAAAGCAUUUAAGUUCUCGAGUUGAAUCGAAAAAUCAUGAUUCUUCGUUGAUUGAUUUGAAGCUAGGGAGAUUAGUAGAUUGUCGAGGUGGGGGCAGUGAUAGAGAUGGAAAAACAUUCACUUCUGAAUCUAUGCCGAUACAUCAAAACGUGUUAGCCAAGAGAUCCCGCACUUCUAGCUUACCUGCUUUGGCUCCUGUAUGCCAAGUUUAUGGUUGUAAUAUGGAUCUUAGCUCCUCGAAAGAUUACCACAAAAGGCAUAAAGUUUGUGAUGUUCACUCCAAGACAGCUAAAGUUAUCGUCAAUGGUGUUGAACAGAGGUUUUGUCAGCAGUGCAGCAGGUUCCAUCUAGUAGCUGAGUUCGACGAUGGUAAGCGCAGUUGUCGCAGGCGUCUAGCUGGACACAAUGAGCGCCGAAGGAAACCUCAGUUUGAUUACAUGACUAGUAAACAACACAAGAUUCUUCAGUCAUAUCAAGGUACUAACAACUUUUCCUUUCAAGACAUAUUUCAAAGUGGAAUCCUUUUCCCAGAAAAGCAUGAUCAAAUCUCUCAAAGUGGACAUAUCAAACUGGAAGAGGACCCAAUUUGCAGCCCUCAACUAGAAGCGCCCGCUACACACGGACACGAGUUAUCUAGCCAUGCUCUCUCUCUUCUGUCAGCUCAGUCACAGAAUCCGUUGCACCAAGCAGCAGGAAAUCCAUCAGCUACUUCAAGUACUUUUUUUCGGGACAUCCGCACGCAAGAUAGAGGUGACCAAGUUUCUGAAACACCAUUGAUGACAAGCUCAAUGAAUAAACAUGAACGAAAUGAGUCUUUUCCAUGUGGGAUAAACUCUAAGGAAAAUAUCAAAUCUGAACAUGGUGGCACUGUUGAUCUGUUUCAAUUGUCUUCUAACCUUCAAAGGGUGGAGAAGCAAAGAAAUUCUGUUUUGGUAAAAUGGGAAAAUGAAGAUUGUUGUUUCUCAAACGUGUAAAGGCUUUUAUAAGCCUAAUGUGUCAUGUAACUGAUUCAAUUUGUUGAUACUUUAUUUUUAUGAUAUAUUUUGGUGAGAUUUUUCCUCACGUGGAUGGACUUGUUAAUGGCUCAGUAUGGAUCAAUGAUAGGUAGAAAAAUGAGGGAUAUCAAUGUUGGUAGAAGUUGAGAGAAAAUCCAACUUUGUAACACCAAAA